AUAGAUAUCUAUGAUCUAUCAGCUAUCCGAAUGUUAUUUCACUUAUCAGUUCUGUGAUAACAAAUAAAACUAAUUAAUAUUUAAUAAAAUAUGUUAUUAUGUUCAUAAGUGCUAUAUGUUUGCAAUAGCCAAUAAGUUCAACAUUUUUUAAAUUUUAAAUAAUUAUUAACUAUGGAGGCUACAAAGAAAGGUAUUAAAAGAAAAAGCACUAUUUUAUCAUACUACACAAAAACACCUAAAGUACAAACUGAUAAUCUCGGCGAAAAUGACAAAUUAAAUGAAACGGAAGUGGUAGUAUCAUUAGCUGAAUCUGCAUUAACUCCAUUCAAUCACAAUUCACAAUCCAUGUCUGAACAGCACAAUGAAAAUAACAAAUUAAUUGAACCAUCAGCAUCUGCUCUUCAAACAGUUAUUACUCCUACACAAAUAGAUAUUGGUUUAUUUAUUGGUCAAUUUGAACAGGAAGUAUCUGCAAUUGGCGAGUUUACAAUAUGGCAUCAUCAGGUGAAAAACAAAAACCCUAAAAAUGCUACGGAAGCAUUCAUUAAUUGCAAUGAAGAAAUAUUUCCUACGGUUCAUCAACUUUUAAAAAUAUUGAUUACUUUACCAGUAACCACUGCAAGCAGUGAAAGAUCUUUUUCCUCAUUACGGCGUUUAAAAACAUAUUUGAGGAACACGACUGGUGAAAAUCGGUUGAACGGCUUAGCAGUUAUGAAUAUUCAUCGGGAUUUAGUCGUAACCACUGACGAAAUAAUUGAUACUUUAGCUUUAAAAAAUAGACGCAUUAAAUUAGUUUAAUUAAAAAUAAUUUUUUUUUUUUAUUAAUCAUAAUAAUAUAUAUGUGAAAAAUUUAAAU